UUAUAAAAAUAUAUCUAGGUCAUUUAUAAAAAGUUAAAUUAAUAUCGUGGCUUAAAUAGACCAUCGGACGCAAAAACACUGUUUAAAUAUAUUUUUACAGUUUUGUAACACAUCUCUGUGUUUCCUUCAGGGUUUUUUUGUAACCCGAACUCCUGGGAAAAUUUAAGUACUUAAGAAAAGGUUGCUUUGAUAAGAAUGGGAAUUUAUUCGACUGUGUGAAAAUGGCGGAACCGUGCACUGUUGACAGCGAUUUAUUUUGCUGAUAUUUUAAAUGAUGAUUUAAAAUAUCAAUCAUUAAGCGCAUGGCGCAGUCCCGCUGAGUACAUCGUGAAGUGAGUUGGGACAGACUGCAGCCACAUGCGUUACUAAAAGCUGCUUACUGUCUCUCGCUGACCGCUCGCAUCAUAAGCUAGAUUUUUCCCAGUUGAACGAAACGUGAUAUUGCUGAAUAUGUGAAUCAAAACAUAUUUGCAUUGAUAAUAUGUCUGUUUAAUCAUACAAUUAUACAGCCUUUCACUGUCAAGGACGUCUAGGGCUCCUACUUUUGGCUUUGGGCUGCUGUGACAAAGAAUCUGCGUUUUAAAUACCCUUUUGUAGAUGUGUAAAUGUGUUGUCCGGCAGAGACACAAUGACAGCUCCUCGGGAAGUGUUGCUUGUCGGGGAAGGAAAUUUCUCCUUCUCGGCUGCUUUAUGCCAGGCUGCGGGAGGCAGUGCCAAGGUUACGGCCACCUGCUUUCAGGCCGAGGAUGUGGCUCGGCUUCAGGACGGCGCUGCGGAGAACAUACGGAGACUUUCAGAGUCCGGCGCAGAUAUGUACUACGAGGUGGACGGCACAGCCCUGGAGUGCACGUCCCUGAAACAGCGGUCCUUUGACUGCAUCAUUUUCAACUUCCCCCACUGCGGGCGAAAGAGUGGAGUGAAGAAGAACCGCAGCCUGUUGGCUAAGUUUUUCCUCAGCUCCAUUCAGGUGCUAAAGAACGGUGGUGAGAUCCACGUCGCCCUGUGCAACGGGCAGGGGGGGACGCCCGCGGAUAAGCCGACUAGGGAGUGGCACAACAGCUGGCAAGCCGUUGCUAUGGCUGCUGAGGCUGGUCUUAUCCUGAGUCAGAUCUGUCCCUUUGACCAUGAGAAAUACCAGAGCUACAAGUGCACCGGCUACAGGAGCCAAGACAAAGGUUUCCAUGUAGAAGGGGCGCUAAAUCACAUCUUUACGCAUAGCUUGCCCUACGCUGCUAUACCGAGUAUAAACCUGGAAGCCGUUGUGGGAAAGGAAAUCAUUCUCUUUGAGUUUCCCAAGGAGCUGACUGAGUUUGCUAACAGGAAUUUCCUGGAUCCAAAAUCUCACCACCCAGUACAAAUGGUCCAGGAGCAGCUGUUGAAGGAACUGGAGUCCUUGUGGCCUGUGCAGGUGGUAGAUGUUGACUUCCCCUUUCUCUUCCGCGAUUCUCCGGAAAGACUGCAGGCCUGUGGCCCUGAUAUAACGACGUCCGACAUUUACUGGAUCCGGCCCGUUGAGGUUCACAAUCUGGGCGAAGAAGACUGUCGGCCAGAUGGGAGCCAGGACAGCCCAACAGGGAACUAUGGACUCUGGCCGUCCCUGCUGCUGCAUGUCCAGGAAGUGGUCCAGCGCAGUGACUUCUGCCCCGGGGUUCUGUUCAGGCUGAGUGGACCAGUCUACCGCAGGGUUCCUGUGUCCAGGAACACCUCCCCCGCCUUUCACCAGCUGCUCCUGGUCGGAGCCCUGCCUUCUGAGCCUGAGCCAGUCGGGCAGCUAAGGAAUUGCCUGGAGAUGCUCCUGGCCCCAUAUGGAAUUGCACUGGAAGAGGAAGAUAGGAGCCGUGUACACGAGCUGUGGUUGAAGGUAAAGGGUUCCUUCAAGGUUGGACGUUUGGAGGUGCUCUCUGCCCCUGACGAUGUACAGCAGCUGUGUGUGGUGACCCUUAACCUGGACCUGCUGGCCGCGCAGAUCUUCGGCGUGACCGAUUGGCGGCUCCUUUGGAGCCCCGACUUCCGCUUCCUGUCCCACUUCCUCCCCAGUUCACCAGGACCCUUCCGGCCUUUCUCCCUGUACCCGCCCACCUACGUGCACGACGUCAGCUUCUGGGUGGAGCCCGACAGCUUCGAUGAGCUGGCUUUCCACUCGCUGGUGCGGCGGGUGUCGGCGGGAGCCGUCAGGGAGGCGACGCUGGUCGACCGUUUCCGGCACCCGCACAUGGGCCACGCCAGCAUGUGCUACCGGCUGACUUACCAGUCUGCUGACCGCGCGCUGUCGUACAGCCAGGCCCUGGCCAUGCAGCUGGAGCUGCGCAGGCUUCUCCCCUUAGAGCUGCAGGUCACAAUGCGCUAGAGAGGCUGGUGGAGAGUAGAGCACCAAGAUGAAUGCUGUCAAUAUGAGACCCAGUUGCAACCCAGCAGGGAAUCAUGGGAGUUUGGUUUGACUAUUUUAACAGAAGAAAAUAUAUUUUUUUUAAUAAUAUCCAUGCAGAUUUACAAUGGCGGGUAGUGUGUUGCCCAUGGGAAUUUUACUUGCACAAAAAUGUUCUGAGGGCAGAAUGAAAAAUGGUUCAGAGAGAUAACCAAUCAGAUUGUAGAGGAGGUGGGUCCAAGCAACCAAAGGUGGCAGGGCCAACCAAUCCGAUGUCUUGGUCCUGCCUCCUCUAGUUGCUUGGAUCCCACCUCCUCUGGACCCUCAGAACAUUUAAGUAAAACUCCCAUGAGUCAGUGGAUCCUACUGUUCUGGAGAAUCUUGAUCACUUUUUUUUUUUUUGGAAGUGUGAUUUUUAUGGUUGGCAACAGUAAAAGAAUUUUUUUUUUGAUUCCAUCCAUCCAUCAGCUUAUCCGGUACAGAGUUGUAGUGGACCUGAAGCCCACCCCAGGCAUCUACAUCACAUUUAUAUAGUUAGCAGACACUUUUGUCCAAAGCAGUGUACAAGUGUGGCAGAUAGCACAUGGCAAACAUCCGUGCUGUCAAAGAGUUAAUUCCGUGAGGGCGGCUUCCAGUAAAUGCCCAGGGAUGAGGCUAAGCAGUAUUGGAGCAGGAGCUACACAACAUCUUCCAAAACAGCAAGAACCAGAUAAGACUCUUCAAGGACCAGAAGUGCAGCAUAAGAUCCAUCUGGGAAUGUAAAGAGGUAUCAGUUUAGUAUAGAAUGCAAGGCCAUUGUAGGAUAUUUUAUUUACAAAAAAAAACCCAUUAGCUUGUUAAAAUGCAAACGGGCUGCUUUUGAACAGUGAGAACAACAGUAUUUGAUUUGUUCAUGUAUAAGGACAAAUAUUUUAGAAAUUAUAAAAGUUAUUGGAGAAAAAUAUAGAGUCCUAUUAAAUUAUCUUUCAUACCGUGUACUGUAAUAGAUGCAAUGUUGUUUUGCUAUUUUAUGUGUAAUUUAACUUUUCUGUUAAUUCUUUUAUUCUGAAACAGAAUGUGUGAUCUGAGUGUGCUUAUUUGAAACUGACAGACGAUUGUAUUCUUGUGGCGAUUUUUAUACGUGUCAAAUGAAAGUGAAACUUUCGCGAUGGUUUUUAUAGUGCUCGUGCUAUCACUGUAAUUAUGUUCGACGUCCAGCUUUGGUGUCGCUCAAAAAUUUAUUUAAUACAAAACGUAUAAUCACCACCGCCGCCCAUGCAGAAGGAUUCAAUAGAAUUAAAUGACGCUGCUGAAUUGCAUGGCGAUAGCAUGUUUGCGGAAGAAAUGCGUAUUUAUGUUUUUUGUAUUUGUGAGACAAUCUUUUAACGAGCAAAGCCAUCUCUUUUUAAGCGUAACUUUGUGAACUGCCGCGAUGUUGGUAAAACAUAAGCUGUGCGGGACAGGUUAUCCAAAACCUGCUAUUUUGUUUACAGUCCAAGCGAGACUAAAAAUAGCACUGUGAGUAACCGUGAGAUAUAACUUUAAUAAUAACGGCCCCGGGAUACUGCAUUGACCUGUGCUCUCCGUGGGCGAGCGACUGACUACCUCCCAAAUUUCGUGCAGGUUACCGACGGAGGGUAAUUUUUGUUUUGGAUAAUUAAAUAUACCUGUUUUUGGAUGUUUUCUGACUGCGAAUUUCAGUUGCUGUUAUGUGGGAUUAAUGUGUUUUGGUUAAUAAAGUACUUUUUGGUUGGC